GUCAGUAAUAAUUCUAUUGGAUGUAUUCAUAUGUAAUGCGAGACACCUACAUGUAGUAUCAGAGGUCACUGAUAACCUGGGUCGAAUACUUCAUUCUGUGAUUGUUCAUAGAUAAUAGACGUCAGGUACACAAUUAUCAGAGUUGAGACUACCAGUCAUGGACUAGCACUAUAUCGUUCUCAGUUUCUAUAACUCCACCUUGUUAUACCAGGAAUAUGGAUCGUGUUUUUGUUGUUGUAAUAGUGCUUAUUUCAUGUCAACUACAUUCCCUGAGAUGCGACGAUGGAAUCAUUAUAAACAGCGAUGAAGCAUACGAUGGAUCUUCUGUAACAGGAGGCCCGUCUUCUCAAACAGUCAGUUCUCGUCAGGAUUCGUCGACAUACAGCGAGAUAGUCUCACAUAAAGAAACAACGCAUUAUCCGUCUUCGGAGAAAGGAACCGAUGUGACGACAUCAAACACUGUUGGAAUUAAAAGACCAAGCAGCCAGGUGCCCCUUAAGAAGAACACAACAACGGCUUCAGUUUUAAACAAACAAACAGUUACCGUACCCAUCAGUGAAAGUCAUGGUCCACAUGUGGCUGUACCUUCUGCGGCAACAAUUAGCAUCAACCCACUUGCGGCGAUGCUCGGACAGCUGCUGCAGAGUCCCCAAGCUAACACUAUCCUUGGACUAAUAUUUGGCCAAAAUCAUACCGAUGAACUGGCUCAAUUGUUGAGCCACCUCACAUCUUCAAGUCAAGGUGGACUGAGUCAAGAAGGACUGUCUGAGCUUCUCAACAACCCCGAAGCACAGGCAGUUAUGAAGCAAGUAUUUCAGCAUGGAUCUGUUGGAAACAUGCUGAAAACGUUAUUACCAAACAUGCUCCCUGUUCUGAACGAUAUCACGCCGGCUCAACUGUUUCAAGCUGUUGGAAACAUGGUCACUGGUUCGGGAACAGGCGGACAUUCGAGCAACGGGGCAAUUUUUCAGGCGAUUAUGUCUGCCUUACCAUCAAUAGCAGGAUCUUCGGUGAGUGCAGUUCUGAAAAAUUUCGGCGUUGACGUUAACGCCACUGACGUUAUGAAACAGAUUGCAGAACUUGUGUCUUUGUUCCGUGAGCAAGGCAACAUCACUGCGCUGCAAGAGCUUGCCGUCAAUGCAACUGGACCUGCUGGCAUGAUGCUCGAUGUUUUACCAUUGGCCAACAGCCUGGGGCAGAUGAUGAAUCCAGAAACGGUGUCAGAUGAGAAUAUAUGUCUUGCUGAUUUCAGUGCCUACAUCCAGGGACUUCUUACGAAACAGAUGUGGGCCAUUAAAAUGCUUGAUGCAUCUGGAAAGCCAGGUAGGAGUAUCUUGAAAGGCGCUUUACAGUUUCUCGGGAACUACGAUGAGUGCCGGGAGAUCACCGGGACCCCCAACACCACAGUACCCCGUGUGGUCAAUGGAGAGUACUGGGAGAUGGCGUUCGCCUUUCCGGAAGAACUGGGCAUGGUCAUGGACGGCCGUGCAUCCCUGUCAGCUAGGAUGCCGGGUAUCAAAUGGGGCUUCUGUCUUCCUAGGUCCUGCAAUGUCAGCACGGUUACACAUGCAAUAUCCCUGGUUCCUUUAAAAUGGCUUGGCUCUGAGCUGGUAUCCGCUUCCCCAAGAACCGUUGAUGAUUGGAAAGAGGAUGCAAGCGCCAUCACAGCAAUCAUUAUUUUAGUGCUGAUUGCUUCGUUGUCGGUGAUCGGAACGUGCUACGACGUGGUGUCUGGGUGGCUUGCCCUGCGGAGGGCAAAGAAAUACGAGGAAGAGGAUUUUUUGGACGGAUUCAAAGCCUCGAGAGCUUUCGUCUCCGAGGACGGCAAUCGUAUCUGGCGCCUCAGUAGCGGCAUCUCAAUGACAGCAAUGAACGGCAGGAGGGUGUACCCCCUGGAUGAAGACGGGGGCCCUAACCACAUGACCACAAGCAUGAGUGGCGGGGACGGGGGGCACUUGCAGGAAGAUGACAUGGAGGAAGAGGAGCAACCACAUAUAUCCAACACCGCUAACUAUGACAGCUUUGGUCGUAAGAUGUUGUUGGCCUUCUCCAUCCCAAGGAACGCGGAGAAGAUACUCAGCACCGCAUCAGGGGAGGGCAAUCUUGGCUGCAUUCACGGCAUCCGGGUCCUCAGUAUGGCCUGGGUCAUCUUCGGACACAGUGCAUCAUGGUCACCCUUGAAAACAGUUGAGAACAUUGUCGACUACAUGGACAGGGCAAAGGACUUCACCAUGCAGGCUUUGAUAAACGCAACGCUCUCAGUGGAUACCUUCUUUCUCCUGAGCGGCUGUUUAGUGUGUUAUCUGUUCCUGAAGGAGUCGAAGAAGUCACUGACAGGGAGGCCAACCGUAAAGCAAAUGAUAUUAUACUACGUUCACCGAUACUGCAGACUGACCCCUGUUUACAUGAUAUUUAUCAUGGCGUAUACCGGGCUAAUGCGCCAUAUAGUGGAAGGACCAAUAUCAUUCGAUGCCGAACUAAAGGACGCAGACAACUGCCGCACACACUGGUGGACUAAUCUACUGUACAUAAAUAACAUCUACAAGAAUGAUGAAAUGUGUCUCGGAUGGUCCUGGUUUUUGGCCAAUGAUAUGCAGUUCUACGUUGUGGCCCCUUUGGCACUCCUUCCAAUCGCUUUUGGACUUGAUGCCCUGGGAAUUAUUGUCAUGUCUGCGUUCCUGGUGAUCCAUAUAUCGACAUACGGAUAUUAUGAAUAUCAUCUCAAAGGAGCAACAAUGCUGCUGAAUCAGCCGGACUACUUCAAGUAUAUAUACUUCGUGCCCUGGUGUAGAGUUGGAGUGUAUGGAAUUGGUCUGUUCCUUGGCUACCUUCUCCAUAAAACCAAGUGCAAAGCCAAGAUACCAAGGUUCGCCCUUGUCCUUGGAUGGCAGAUCGCCCUGGUUAUUGGCCUGAUGUGCACAUAUUACCCCUACAGUGACUGGAAGGAUGGCAUUCUUGACUGGGAUCUUAACACGUUAAUCACGUUUACAACCCUUUCCAGACCGGGAUGGGCGGUGUUCGUGUCAUGGAUUAUAUUUGUGUGUUGCACAGGCAAUGGCGGUGUGGUCAAUAGGAUAUUGUCCUGGGGGGCAUGGAUGCCCAUGGGAAAACUUACCUACUGUGCCUAUCUCAUCCACCCUGCACUUUUAUCAUACACGGAGUUCUCAACGAGGACACUGGUAUAUAACAACGUGAUACAGAUCAGUUACCAUUUUAUUGGGACAUUCGCUGUGGCAUACGCCCUGGCUUUCAUCCUGUGUGUGUUUGUGGAGUCGCCUUGUCUGGGACUGGAGAAAGCUGUGUUGGCCAAGAUGAAGCUGAAAAAAAGAUAAGGGGCUGUGAUUCUGUGAAUUGUUUGUGAACUUAAUGCGUUCAUGGCUCCAGGAGAGGACAUUGUGUUUUCAGCGUUGGAAGGCUAUUCGCUUUCAGUUCAAUUGCCUUUUUUGAUAUGCAACACUGACUGAUUUAGUUCAAUACUUCUUCAUAGUGAAUAUUUAUACCUGAUGUGAACUAUAUGGGUUUUACCUUGAUAGCAAAGCCAAAGGAUGAAUAUUAUUUUACACCGCGUUCAGCAGUACCACAUCAAAAUCGCAAAAUAGGCUUCACGCAUAUGUUGGCCACGCAUUCUGAGCUUUGGCCUCUCCAGCGAACGCUUUAACCACUGGGCUACCCCACCGCCCUUGUACCACAGGAAUUCCUUCUGGGGAGAAAUCAUUAACGAAAUUGCUCUUAACCCUUCAGCUUUUGUUUAAGUUCAUUAAAUGGCUUGACUGUUGAUUCAUACAGAAUUCUACUUCUCACUGUCAGAAGUUUCUUAGUCAGAUAGUUUUACGUUUUUUAUUCAUGUUUCAUUGUACAAAGGAGGGGCGGUCGGGUAGCCUAGUGGUUAAAGCGUUAACACGUCACGCCGAAGACCCGGGUUCGAUUCCCGACAUGGAUACAAUGUGUGAAGCCCAUUUCUUGUGUCCCCCGCCGUGAUAUUGCUGGAAUAGUUCUAAAAGCUGCGUAAAACCAUACUCACUCACUCACUCAUUGUACAAAGGAUGUGAAUAUGACCAUAGGCGUUCAUUCUGAGCAUAAACAUGUACAUAUUACAACACGUUUAUUUGCAUGAUUAGGUAUAUCAGUUGUGUAGCGUUGGAGAUAACACAAACAUUUGUAGAUGCUACCUGAAUAAACAGAUAUCCCUUUUA